UAAUUUAAUGAGUCAAAGGUGCCUAUGUCCGAUUAUAAGGUCGCAAGUUCGAAUCGAAUCUUCUCGGCUCUGGACUGUACUAAAGAAAAGAGAAAAAUAAAAAAGAAAUUGAAUGAAAAAUUUUAAACAAUAACUACUCAGAUAUAUAAUCUUAUUUUUAAAACUUACAUUUUUUAAUUUUUCUCUGGGAAGAGAAGAAAAAACGUAAUAAUUCACGAAGGAAUUCCAAGUGCAGCUCUGCUUCUGAAAUGCCGACGACCAUCCUCUGCAACUGACACCCCAUCUCUAAUGGCCAUCAGAUUCAGAGCCUUCUCCUCCAAAUCCCAAAUCUCCAUCUCGCUCUCCGGCUCUCUCCUCAGAACCAAGCCUUUCAUUCUACCACGCCCAUUCAAUUCUCUCGCAACAGCACACGCAGGAUCGGACCCACCACUCCCGUUCCUCGUCAGUGAGAUAUCUCGCGUACUCAGCGAUCGCAGAAGCCCCCACCAUGACUUAGAGCUCGGUCUCGCCUCUUUCUCCUCCAAUGUAUCGACCGACCUCGUCGAGCAGGUUCUGAAAAGGUGCAAGAACAUUGGAUUCUCUGCUCACAGGUUCUUCCUCUGGGCUACAAGAAUUCCGGGUUUCGAACCCAGCGCCGAUAGCUAUCGCAUUCUCGUCGACAUUCUGGGAAGCAGUAAGCAGUUCGCUAUUUUAUGGGAUUUUCUCAUAGAAAUAAGGGAGACUCGAUGCUCUGUGAUCACCCCAGAGCUUUUCUGGCUCGUUUUCAGAGCUUACAGUAGAGCUAAUUUGCCUCAGGACGCCACUCGGGCUUUCAGUAGAAUGGUGGAGUUUGGAAUAAGGCCUGGAAUUGAUGAUCUUGAUCAGCUCUUGUACGUUUUAUGCAAGAGGAAACAUGUGGCUCAUGCGCAACAGUUUUUCGAUAAAGUUAAGAGUGAGUUUGAUCCGACUGUGAAAACGUAUAGCAUUUUGACAAGGGGGUGGGGUGAUGUGGGCGAAUCCGACAAUGCCCAGAAGGUGUUUGAUGAAAUGCGGGAACGGGGCUGUUCGAUUGAUGUGCCUGCUUGUAAUUGUCUAUUGGAAGCUCUGUGCAAAGCUGGGAAAAGGGAUGAAGCGUACAAGAUGUUUCAGGAGAUGGCUUCGAAUGGAGUCGACCAGGAUGCUGGUACGUAUUCGAUUUUCAUCCGCUCGAGUUGUCAAGAGAAUGAUUUACAUACGGCCUAUAGGGUGCUAGAAAGAAUGAAGAAACGUGACCUUUUGCCUAAUGUGUUUACUUACAACUGCGUUAUCAAGAAGCUUUGUAAAGAUCAAAAGGUGGAGGAAGCAUACCAAAUUCUAGAUGAAAUGAUUGAGAGGGGAGUAUCUCCAGAUACAUGGUCCUACAAUGCAAUCCAAGCUUAUCAUUGUGAUCAUAGCGAGGUCAAUAGUUCUCUUAACUUGAUUAAGAGAAUGGAUAGAGACAAAUGUGUUCCUGAUAGACAUACUUACAAUAUGGUUCUGAAAUUGCUGAUAAGGGUGGGAAGGUUUGACAGGGCCAAUGAAGUCUGGGAGAGUAUGGGAGAGAGAGGAUUUUACCCUUCUGCUUCAACUUAUGCUGUUAUGAUUCAUGGUUUCUGCAAGAAAAAAUGGAAGUUAGAAGAAGCAUGCAAGUACUUUGAGAUGAUGAUUGAUGAAGGAAUACCUCCAUAUAUUUCUACAGUUGAGUUGUUGCGGAACCGACUUCUGGGGAUAGGUUUUAAGGAUCACAUUGAGAUACUUGGACAAAAGAUGAGACGAAGCACUUCUUGCUCAAUUCAAGAGCUAGCCAACGUGAUGAGUGGCGGCAAAUGCCAUGGGGUUCACAGCACGUCAAAAAAUGAAGAGACAGAGCUUGAAAGUGACUGAAGAAAAGAGUGCCAGCCAGAAGCAGCUGAAGCUGUGUAUCAAUCUUCCAAAUGCUUUCUUGUAAUUUAUUACGAUUCAAUUUCUUGGAAGGACAGAGUAACUUUUUGGUGUUCUCUAUUCGCAACAAAUUUGUGCUAAUAUAUUGCUGUUUGUUGACAAUGUGCUUGUCUAGCAGAUAAAGUACUCGACACUGUCUGACAAGGAAUCGGAUAUGUCACUUCACUGCUGAAAUCCAACUCACAGAUAGGGCCAGCCCCAAGUAGUUCUUAUUUCUCUCUCUAUUGUCCAUGUUUAGAUUUAGCCAUCUCAGUUUC